UUUUUUUGCUUCACAUCUGCAGUUAUUCCAAGACUGCCACGUGUAUAACAAUCAAAGGGGAUCUUCUAUCCAGUGCAGAGACACUUCCAGCAGCUAUGCCUCUCUACCCCAAGACUCUCUUGUUUCUACAGGUUUUUAGCCUCCUUGCUGUUCAUAUACAGGGGCAACAAGAGGUAGAAGAGAACAUUAAACUAGAGGUGAUUCAUACCCCCAGUGACUGUACCCAAAAGAGCAGGAGAGGGGAUCUGGUAAACGCGCAUUAUGAUGGCUACCUGGCCCAUGACCUUUCCAAAUUCUACUGCAGUCGCUCAGAUAAAGAUGGGCAUCCAAAGUGGUUUGUUCUUGGAGUUGGACAAGUGAUCAAAGGACUUGAUAUAGCUUUGCUGGACAUGUGCCGAGGAGAAAAAAGAAAAGCAGUCAUACCACCUUCAUUGGCCUAUGGUGAAAAGGGCUAUGAUAAAAUCCCACCCAAUGCAACAUUGAUUUUUGAAAUUGAAUUGUUGGGAAUAAGCAAAGGUCCACGCAGUGUCGAAGCAUUUAAACAAAUAGAUCUGGACAAUGACAAGCAACUCUCCAAAGACGAGAUAAGUCAUUAUUUAUCAGAAGAAUUUAAGAGGGAUGGUAAACAUCGAGACCCGUCCGUUCACGGUCUCAUUCUAACAGAUAUAUUUCAGAAGAACGAUCAUAAUGACGAUGGCUUCAUAUCUGCAAAGGAAUAUAAUGUCUAUCAACAUGAUGAAUUAUAGUAAUUUUUUAUUGUGUGAAAGUGCGAUUGUUUUUUGUUAAUUAUCACAUUUUUUUCACCAUAUCAAGAAAUUAAUUUUUUUCAUCUAAUGAGUAAGAUGUAACAGUGAUCCAAAAGUAUGUUUGCAUUUUUUUGGCAAUUUUCCCUAUACCUUGCUUUUAGGUUGGUUCACUAAUUUUCACAGACAUUAUUACCAUACAUCAAACAUGGCCAUAUUUGUUUUGUGUUUUUUCAUUUACUUAACCAACAUAUUGAUCCCUUACUAGUUCUCUCAUAUUACCACUCCAAAUGGUACAUUGAAAUAUUACUCUGUGUAAUAUCUUAUUUCAAAACUGGAACCCAGGAUUAAUUACUGUAAAAAUUUAUUAAGAUAAAUAAAAAAAACUGAAAUAUGUUGUUUGGUGGAAA